AUGGAGAACCCCCAAUCCCUGAGAGCGGCGUGUGCGAAUCCAGACGCCCUCUUUGCACUUUCUGAAGAUCAACUUCUCCAUCUCGUCUACAGAGAGUUCCCCGACGAGAUAGAUCGCCUCCGUCGAGCAUACUCUAUUCGUGACAGCCAAUGGUCCCCUCCAAGCACCCCGUCUCCUUCUUACGUCCUGUACCAGAACAACCACGACGAAGUCAAUCGCUCAUUGGUAGGCUUUCUUGCCCUCCGUUGGAUCCAUGAGGGGGAAUAUGAGACAUUCAUUCAGUCGCAACCUCUGGAUUUGCAGCUGACCAGAAAAUCAUUCGAUUGGGUGAGACGAUACUAUUUUCAGAUCGUCCAGGACUCCGACACUCUCUACGCCCUGAUUACGUCGAUCGUUAUUAAUGACCUGGGAAAGGAUCCCCAGUUAGCAUUGGACUACCAGAAUUUGACCGGAAAGGAUAUCUCAACUCUGAACCACGAUGCAAUUCUCCUCAAGGCUUGCGAGCCUGGCUUGGUCCCUUCACUGGAUAGGCUGUCUAUUCAGGAUAGAGAUGAUAUGCUCCUCGCGAUAGAGCUCGGAGCCUACCUUAACUUCGGACAAUUAGGACAGGCAGAGAAUGCACCGGUCGCUUUAUCAAAUUUACAACGGAUGAAAGGUCGAUUUCGGAGCUUUCAACUACGCUUCAUGGAGCAAUUGCUGGACAUUGCAGGUGCUGCGGGUCAUAUGGACUGGACCUGUGCAAAGAAACUCAAUCAGCCAAUUUUUGAGUCCUAUCAAAAUGUCUACUAUGCAUGUGAGGGUGUCAUGGCCGGAACUCUCGACGCUCGCGGUGGAUAUGACUUCGUUCUCAAAAAGCGUGCCGAAUUCAUCCACGCCAAGGGCUUCCGACUGCUUAAAAUAGAAGAAGAUCCAUAUCAGCGUGCUUUGAUGCGAUUGUUGUGCAUGGGUAACGUCAUUACCCUCGAAACUGCAGAGAUGUACGAAACGGCCUUGAACUCUCUCGAGGACAAAGCAAAAGAAGCCCUCAUUCAUGCCCUCAAUGUUGAUGGCUCGAUUGGUUCGCCUGCUAUUCAGCCAACAUAUACACCUGCAAUCCUUGGUUUUAUUAAGGAGAAGAGGUCCUUGAUCUCUGCAUUCCAAUACCUGUCCCGCGUUAUGAGCGCCAGCCCCAAAUCCCCUGUUGACCCUUCGGCGGUGCUCAUUGAGCGAAGUGUGUUGGGCGUCCUCAAGCAGCAUGUUGAGAGUAGCGAAUUUAGAGAUGAUCCUACAAUUUUAGAGAGAAUUGACGUGCCUAACGAUGUCAUUGAUCUAGUCUAG